CUGUGCACCCUUCAACCCCUUUCCCCUGUUUUUCUCUCUUCUAAUUUUAGAUGCAACUUUUCAUCCUUUGAAUUUAUUUUUGCAGAAGCUAAUUUUAAUUUCACUGAUCAUUAAUAUCUGCUAAUUCUAAAUCAUCAGUUUCGUUUCUGCUCAAUCCAGGCUUUUAGCUAAUGGAGGAUAUUGAAAACAAGCCACACUCAGAAUCCUCCACAAGAAAUGCUGAACUGAAGCCACCAGCAGAAACCCCUCAAGAAAAUUUUGUAGCAAUAAAUCCACCCAAUAAUCUUUCUUCCAAUGAAGCUUCCAUCAACCCACUUGGUAAUAACAGUGAAGUAGAGCCUGGCAUUCGUUUGCCGGUGACAGAGUUUUCGACAAAUGCUUCUGAUGUUGAAACUGUAGGACAGGAUGAACAUCCUCCCAUAGAUAAUUCAACUUCAACCCCAAAAGUUCAUGGAACAGAAGAAAGUAACCAGGGAACCAUAGCCGCAGAUUCUUCACCAGGAGCUUUAGAAGAUAUCUUUAACAGGCAGCAGGAUGGUGGUUCAACCGCGAAUGCGGCGACAAGUGAUGUUGAUAAUCUGAUGAAUCUCUCCACUUCCUCUUCUGAACCAAAAGAGUUGCAAAUUGACCCACCUCAUAGUGAUGUUCCCAUAGAUAAUUCAGGUUCAACACCAAAUGCUGCAGUUGAUGUAACAGAACAAAGCCACAAGGAAGCUGUGGCUGAAGAUUCUAAACUUGCAGUUUUAGAAGAUGCAUUUAAUAGGCAGCAUGAUGGUGGUUCUACUUCUGGUGAUGGCGGCGAUGUUGUUAGUCAGAUGGAACUCUUGGCUUCUUCUUCUGAAAAGAAAGAGUUGCAGGAUGACCAUAAGGAACUAAAGAUAAAUUUUCCUCAAACCAAGAUUACUGAUGUUGCUGCUGGAGUUGUUGACUCUCCUACAACUGCCUUAAGAAGAGGCAUAAUUGAUACUGCGGCUCCAUUUGAAUCUGUCAAGGAAGCUGUUUCCAAGUUUGGAGGAAUUGUGGAUUGGAAGGCUCAUAGAAUCCAGACUGUGGAGAGGCGUAAGCAAGUAGAAAAAGAACUUGAAAAAGCGCAGGAGGAGAUCCCGGAGUUCAGAAAAAGAUCAGAGGCAGCCGAACAUGGGAAGGUCCAAGUACUGCAGGAGCUGGACAGCACCAAGAGGCUAAUAGAAGAACUAAAACUCAACUUAGAAAGGGCACAAACAGAAGAGUGUCAGGCAAGACAGGACUCAGAACUCGCAAAGCUCAGAGUGGAAGAGAUGGAGCAAGGCAUCGCAGAUCAUUCUAGUGUCGCGGCUAAGGCGCAACUCGAGGUUGCUAAAGCCAGGUACACGGCUGCAAUCACAGAGUUAACCUCCGUGAAGGAGGAGCUCGAAGCAUUGCGUAAGGAAUACACUUCCUUAGCUGUUGAUAAAGAUGAAGCUAUUAGGAAAGCUGAAGAGGCUGUUACUGCAUCAAAGCAGGUAGAGAAGGCAGUGGAAGAUUUGACUAUUGAGCUAAUUGCCACAAAGGAGUCUUUGGAAGCGGCGCACACUGCUCAUAUGGAAGCCGAGGAGCACAGAAUCGGAACAGUCAUGGCAAGAGAUCAAGAUUCUCUCAAUUGGGAGAAAGAACUUAGACAGGCAGAAGAAGAACUCCAGAGACUCAACAAGAAAAUUUUGUCUGCUAAGGAUCUCAAAUCUAAACUCAGCACAGCUUCCGCGUUACUGCUUCAGUUGAAAGCUGAAUUAAAGGCUUAUUCGGAAUACAACUCAAACCAUAAAGGUGAUGAAGAAGGAAUCUCAGAAGGAGACAUGGAGAAAACGGAGAAGACGACACAGAAUGAAAUACAAGCAGCAGUUGCAUCAGCCAAAAAGGAACUUGAGGAAGUAAAGCUCAACAUAGAAAAAGCUACUGCUGAGAUAAAUGACUUAAAGGUGGCUGCAGUAUCGUUAAAAUCGGAACUUGAGCAAGAGAAAUCAUCGCUCGCCUCCAUUAGGCAAAGAGAAGGAAUGGCCUCCAUUACAGUUUCAUCUCUUGAAGCUGAACUGGACAAAACUAGAUCUGACAUAGUUUUGGCUCAGGCGAAGGAAAAUGAUGGAAGAGAGAUGAUCAUCGAGCUACCAAAGAAACUAAAAGAAGCGGCUGAAGAGGCUAAUCAGGCAAAUUUACAUGCCGAAGCAGCUCGUGAAGAGCUGCGAAGGGUGAAGGAGGAGGCGGAGCAAGCCAAGGCCGGUGCAAGCACAAUGCAAAGUAAACUACUUGCAGCUCAGAAGGAGAUAGAAGCUGCAAGGGCUUCUGAAAGGUUGGCAUUAUCAGCAGUUAAAGCACUGCAAGAGAGUGAGUCUGCUCGAAGCAACAAUGAAGUGGAUUCGUCAGCUGGGGUGACACUUUCUUUGGAGGAGUACUAUAAGCUUAGCAAACAAGCCCAUGAGGCAGAAGAGCAUGCCAAUGUGAGGGUUGCAGCUGCCAAUUCUGAAAUUGAGAUAGCUAAGGAGUCUGAAUUGAAAACCUUGGAGAAGUUGAAUGAAGUGACUCAAGAAAUCGCUGCUAGAAGGGAGUCUCUGAAGGUUGCAAUGGAUAAGGCCGAGAAAGCGCGAGAAGGGAAACUGGGUGUAGAACAAGAAUUGAGAAAGUGGAGGGCGGAACACGAGCAACGGAGAAAAGCUGGGGGAACAAACCAGAACAUGAGUUCAAAUGUUAGCUUUGACAGGAGCAAGGAAGCUUAUAGCUUUGACCAUGCUCAUAAUGCACUUAUUUCUGGACAUUACAUGUCGAGUCCAAAGGCUUAUGUCCAUGCAAACAAUGAAACUGGAUCAUUCCGAGAUACAAAAACUGGAAAGAAGAAGAAGAAGUCCUUUUUCCCGCGAAUUUUGAUGUUCUUUGCAAGAAAAAAAUCACAUCCAACCCAUUCAGGGUAAUCCCUUUAGAAACAAUGAGCAUUGUGUGAUGCUGCAGUUUUCUAAACAUCUCAUCCUUUCGGCGAUUAUUCGAAAUUAUACCAUACUUGUACAUGUUUCUGAUUGCUGUAUGUAUGGUUGAUUGGAUUGUACUCCAUCUAAAUGUGGGUUGUGAAUGGUCUCCUUCUCAGCACCUUGUGAGUAAAUACAAAUAAGUUCACCAUCCUUGGUGAGAAAAGAGAAAGAGUGAUUCUGUUUUGUGUAUAGCCUUAAGAUAUGUUGAACUUCGGCUUCUGUAAAAUCUGUGUAAGAUUUGAUCAAAUCAAUUUUCCCCCCCCUGGGUUUGAUA